CCAGGCCCGCGGUGCAGCAGGACGGCAUUGAGCAGACACCGCUGGACGGGCUGCCGGCCGCCGAGGGCCUGAGACAGGGUGCAGCGAUGCUCACCUCGGCCGCCUCCCUGGCCCCUGAGCCGGCUGGCCGGUGCCCCCCGGGGCCCCCGGGAUCCCCACCACCACUGCUGCCCAAGCCCGGGAAGGACAACGUGCGUCUGCAGAAGCUCCUGAGGCAGGCAGCCCGGAAGAGGACGAGCAGCGGCGGGCCGCCUGCCCCGCCCGGGGCUUUCCGCACCUCCUUAUCCCCCGUGAGCGAGGCCAGCCACGACCAGGAGACCCUGGCCCCGAGCCCCGCGGAGGCGCCACGGGCGGUGGCCACCCUGCCCUACUCCCCCCACACCCGCGUCACCCACCACGGGGCAUCCCCCCUGCAGAGGUCCACGUUCUCCUUCAGCCUCACCCAGCACAGGAGCCUGGCUUCACACUUCAAGCCCACGGGGCCCCGGCUCGCAGCCCCAGCCCCAGAACCUGUCCAGUCCCCCUGCGGCCUUGCCCAGGUCUCGGGCCCCACAGUGAUGGGCACCCCCAUCAGCCAGGUGCACUUCCGGCGGGCACCAUCCCCGCAGGCCGGGACCCCUGAGCCCUCCCCGACGGCCCCGGAUGGUGGGCCUGGCGACCAGGACCAGGACACAGCCAUGUGCCCUCCCGGGGCUCAGCCCCUGAUCCCUGCGGUCCACACCCACUCACUGCCCGCCAGGGCCCGGGCUGCCGGCCCUCAGCACGACGAGCCCUCGGCGUUAAGCGCCUCGGUGCCCAGAGAGGCCAGAGGCCGGGUGGUGGUGUCCAUUGCCCCCACCUACCGUUCACCGGGACCCUCGCCUUACACGUUGGCCUCUGUGGCCCCCAAAGCUGGGCACCGGGAGGAGCCCCCCCCGGCCGGCCCUGCCGCUGAGCCUCAGCAGGUCUCCAGCCCCCGCGAGGCCUCAUUCCCUGCACCACCGUCAGGCCCCCACCCCUGCCAUGUCCCCAAAGUCGCACCCAAGCCCCGGCUCAGCGGCUGGACGCGCCUCAAGAAGCAGCUGCUGGAAGAGGCCCCCUUCCCGGGGCCAGAGCCGAGCCCGGGGCACGCGGAGCGGGGAGGGACAGCCCCCACUGUCUCGGCGCCCCGGCCGGCCCCCGCUUCCCGGUCCUCCAGGAUGUGGGACGCAGUGCUGCACCGCAUGUCAGUGGCCGAGGCCCGUGGCGGCCAGAUGGGGCCCCGGGAUGGGGUGCACACCCUGCCCGGCCUCAGCCGCCUGCCCUUCCUUUGCUGGCCUCGCUUCAACGCCCGGAAGCUGCAGGAGGUGGCCGCCCGGCCCCCUCCCGUGAGCCACCCCGUCCUGGUCCUGAGCCCCCAGCCCAAGAACUUCAAUCGUUCGGCAGCUGGCUGGAGGCUCCAGUGA